AAAACAAAUUUACUCCAAAAUCUGAAUUAUUAAUUUUCACCAUCCUAACAGAUAAAGGCUAAUUCGAUUCUGUAGCUGAAAAAUGAGUAUAGCAACAUUCUUUGUAAAAUAUUUUGGAAAUGUCCCUGAUUUAUUGAAAAUGCUAUGACAAAUCAUGGCAAAGAUCGCAAAGAAUUUUCACAAUAGCCUUUUGUGGAAUCCAGAGCAGCAGCAGCAAUUGCUGGUAGUACUGUCUUUCCCUGCACUAUAAUCAACAUUGGACAAGGAAACCGUACACCUGAUUGAUUCAGGAAAUCAAAGCAAUAAAACUGCCAGCAACAAUGCGGCCAAGUGAUUAAAAGAAGGCUGGUUGAAAAUUUAAACACCCUUUUUACUCAUUAAUCUCCAACUGCUAAAGACAAACAAAAAGCAAAAUUAACAUGAUUGUAAACUAAGCACUGUGUCCUGUGGCUACCGUGUUGGCCUGCUGAGAGGGAAUGGGCUGAUCAAAGCCCGCGGAGUCUGCAGAGAACCGUGGCUAAGAGCUACUUCGGGAAGCGCACAGCCAGGAUCCAUUACCGGCCCGCUUCAGAAACAGUAAGUGAGAAAGUGAGCGAGCAAGCGAGCUACAAGCGACCAGAGCAAAGUGGACAGGAGGACAAGGGAAGAGCAAGAACUUGACUCCAGACCGAAAGAUACUCGGCGGUGAGGAAGACGCAGGAAGCGAUGAAAGAGAUGUCUGCAAACACCAUGCUGGACAGCCAGCGUCAACAAAAGCAUUAUGGAAUCACUUCUCCAAUUAGUUUGGCGUGUCCGAAAGAAAUUGAUCAUAUUUACACACAGAAAUUAAUUGAUGCCAUGAAACCAUUUGGAGUGUUUGAAGAUGAGGAAGAACUGAACCACAGGUUGGUCGUUCUUGGUAAAUUGAACAAUUUAGUGAAAGAAUGGAUUUCUGAUGUCAGUGAGAGUAAGAAUCUCCCACCUUCUGUUGUGGCUACUGUUGGUGGUAAAAUUUUCACGUUUGGCUCCUAUAGGCUUGGAGUACACACCAAAGGAGCUGAUAUUGAUGCACUUUGUGUAGCUCCAAGACAUGUGGAGAGAUCUGAUUUUUUUCAGUCUUUUUUUGAAAAAUUGAAACAUCAGGAUGGCAUUAGAAACUUAAGAGCUGUAGAAGAUGCCUUUGUACCUGUUAUAAAAUUUGAAUUUGAUGGAAUUGAAAUUGAUCUAGUCUUUGCAAGACUGGCAAUACAAACCAUAUCAGAUAAUUUAGAUCUAAGAGACGACUCUCGACUGAGAAGCCUUGAUAUAAGGUGUAUUCGCAGCCUAAAUGGAUGUAGAGUUACUGAUGAAAUUUUGCAUUUAGUGCCAAAUAAAGAAACUUUUAGACUCACCCUAAGAGCAGUCAAGUUAUGGGCAAAACGACGUGGUAUUUAUUCCAACAUGCUGGGAUUCCUUGGUGGUGUCUCCUGGGCAAUGCUCGUUGCAAGAACUUGCCAGUUAUAUCCAAAUGCAGCAGCUUCUACUUUAGUUCAUAAGUUCUUUUUAGUUUUUUCCAAGUGGGAAUGGCCAAAUCCUGUGCUGCUGAAGCAACCGGAAGAAAGCAAUUUGAAUUUGCCUGUUUGGGAUCCUCGGGUAAAUCCAUCAGAUAGGUAUCAUCUCAUGCCCAUAAUCACCCCUGCCUACCCACAGCAGAAUUCUACGUAUAAUGUGUCCACCUCAACUCGAACAGUAAUGGUAGAAGAAUUUAAACAAGGCCUUGCGGUCACAGAUGAAAUUCUUCAAGGGAAAUCAGACUGGUCCAAACUACUUGAGCCACCAAAUUUUUUUCAAAAGUAUAGACAUUAUAUAGUAUUGACUGCCAGUGCAUCAACAGAGGAAAACCAUCUAGAGUGGGUUGGAUUAGUAGAAUCUAAAAUCCGCGUGCUUGUGGGAAACUUGGAACGGAAUGAAUUUAUUACUCUUGCCCAUGUAAAUCCCCAGUCAUUCCCAGGAAAUAAGGAACAUCAUAAAGACAACAAUUAUGUAUCGAUGUGGUUCCUUGGAAUCAUUUUUCGGAGAGUAGAAAAUGCAGAAAGUGUUAACAUAGACUUGACCUAUGAUAUACAGUCUUUUACUGAUACAGUGUACAGACAGGCAAACAAUAUAAACAUGCUAAAGGAAGGGAUGAAAAUUGAAGCAACUCAUGUUAAAAAAAAGCAACUUCAUCACUACCUUCCAGCAGAGAUUCUUCAAAAGAAGAAAAAGCAAAGUCUUUCUGAUGUCAGUCGAAGUUCAGGUGGACCUCAAUCCAAAAGAUCAUCUUUGGAUAGCAAUUGUUUGGAUAGCUCCAGAGACACUGAUAAUGGAACUCCUUUUAAUUCCCCAGUGUCUGCAAGCAAACCUUCCAAGCCUGACGUUCCUCCUUCAGGAGAAACAGAAAGGAAUAAUACCGAGCCUCCUGCUGUAAUUGCGGAAAAGCCACUGAGUGUCCCACAAGCUCAAGGACUGUCUAUCCCAGUCAUUGGUGCAAAAGUUGAUUCUGCAGUCAAAACCGUAUCGCCCCCAGCUGUGUGCACGAUUCCUACUGUAGUCGGACGAAAUGUCAUUCCUAGAAUUCCAACACCCCACAACCCUGCCCAGGGACAGCCACAUCUUAAUGGAAUGUCAAACAUAACUAAGAAUGUUGCACACAAGAGGUCCCAUUCCCCAUCCAUCGAUGGGUCUUCGAAGAGGUUGAAAGAAAUAGAAAAGUUUAUUCGACUUGAAUCAACAUUUAAAGAAUCACGUGCUCCUGAAGAUAGAAAAAGAAAAGCAGUGGAUGCCAUUGGAGGAGAAUGUAUGCCUAUUCCAACUAUUGAUACAUCACGCAAAAAGAGACUACCCAGUAAAGAACUACCAGAUUCAUCGUCUCCAGUGCCAGCAAAUAACAUCCGAGUCAUCAAAAAUUCCAUUCGACUGACCCUUAAUCGAUGCCGUAGCAAAUCUCAUUGAUUGCUGCGCACACUUCUGUGAGGAUCAUCUGCUAUCAAAUUGUCAUCUACAAUAUUACGGCUUUGCGUUGGAGGUUUCACUGCCUUAACUUUCGAUGCUUGUUUCUCUGUUGUGGGAACCAGUUCUCGGCUCUUUGGACAUGGAUAAAACAAGUCCCGAAUUUUUUUUUUUUUUUUUAAAGUCUUAUGUUGUAAUCAUUGUAUAGAACUGAAAAAGUUGAAAACAAAACAAAAAAAAAUUGUCUUGUAAUUUUCCAAAUGUUAACACAUUUACUUUAUCCUUGAAGCCACUUUGUGAAACCUGCGAUAAAUGAAUGUGAGGUAUCUUUUCUGCUUCCCUCAUUUGUGUAGAUGUACUUAUUGUCUAUUCUGUUGAUUUAAAUUAUUUUUUUUCAGAAUGGCACAUGGAAUAUUUAAAUUUUUAUUUUUGUGUGCCUUUCUGUUCAAAUGUUGCAUAGUUACCAGGGAGGAUUAGUCCAGUGAUUACAUAAGAGUUGGGCACCAUAAAAUUCUCUAUAUUUUGCCUCCCAUGGAGGCCUUCGAAAUGCAUCUUUAUUAAGAAUCAAAAUAUAACCAAGAUACUGAAAGUCAGUAUGUGAAUGGUGAAAUUGUUACAUAUCCUAGGCUCAUGCCAUUCUUGUUAGUUGACUGGUAUUUUUUACCAAGGAGCAACUCAUUCCAGCAUCAAUAAUGAAAUACCUUUAAGUAUGGCAGACUUGUAUUCUUGAGGUGUAAAAUUAACUUGGCAUGAUAAUUCUUGACCAUUACGUACCCCACAACUUCAGAUAGUUUCUUCAUGGACUAGGCAUGCAGAAAUAAGCAGUGGAUUUUACUGAAACCUAAAGGCAUUUUUUUGAACAACAUUGUUACCAACCAUUAAUUGGCUCAGGACCUUUGUAAUUUUUAUUUAACUAUGAGUUGUCUUUUUUUACACUGCUUUUUUCAAUGCAUUUCUUAAUAUUUUUUAAGUUUCAUGAACGCAUGCUCAGUUUAUUAAAAUCCAUAACCAUGUAAUUCUUGUAAUAUGUUGAUUCAGUGUUUUGUAAAUGAAGUCGUAUGUAUUUUCAGAGUAUUUUUGUAUGUACUGUAAGAUACCAUCUUUUCAAAGAGAAAACUUUAAAACCUUUA